UUAGUGUUUAACUGAGAGGUAGGGUUUUUGGGGAAUAGUUUUAGAAGACUAAGACGAAGACAACUCGUCGUCCGCCCUUGAUGCCCUGUGAAAAGUGAGAAAACCAGACGCAAGCGAACAGCACAAAGCUGCGAGCAGCCAUGGGAGGAUCUCGAGUUCAAGUCAACAAAGCUCACAAGACUCGCUUCGCUUCCAAAUCGACUCGCAACCUUCACAAAGUUUCUCUCAAAGAUAAGAAUAGGAUUGCGAAAUCGGACAAAAAUGUGGCAAAAGGAGGUCGAGCUGCUCGUCUUCAUCGCAACAAGAUGCUGCGGGAGCAGAAGCGAGCUGCUGUUUUGAAGGAGAAAAGGGCGGCAAGUGGAACAACAAGCCCUCCACGAGUUAUUUUGCUUUUUGGUUUAUCUGGCUCCGUGAAUGUGGAUUCGCUUGCUGAAGAUCUUUCAAAUGUGUUAUCUCCUCAAAAUGCUGGCCGUUCAUCGGAAGUAAUAGCUUCACCAGAGUACAGAAUGAGAGCAACGGUGCAGAAAGCACCUCAUGGUGAUUUGUUAUCGUGCAUGGAAAUGGCAAAGGUUGCUGAUCUCAUUGCUUUUGUGGCAUCAGCAGACUCCUUCUGCGAAGAUGGUACUGCCGACUGCAUGGAUUCCUUUGGGAAUCAGUGUUUGUCAGUCUUCAGGGCACUUGGUUUGCCUAGCACAGCAGUAUUGAUCCGUGGUCUUCCGGUGGAGCUAAAAGGGAGAAGUGAGGUAAAGAAGAUAUGCUCUUCCUGCCUUGCUGGUGAGUUUCCUGAGGAUUGCAAGUUCUAUCCUGCAGAUACUAAAGAUGAUUUGCACAAGUUCCUAUCGCUAUUUAAGGAGCAGAGGCUCACGGCACCUCAUUGGAGAAGUCAAAGACCUUAUCUUAUGUCUCAAAAGGUUGAUGUAGUUGCUGACAGCAGCAAUGUGCCCAAUUCUACCCUACUUCUGACAGGUUAUUUACGUGCUCGCAGUCUCUCCGUGAAUCAGCUGGUUCAUGUUUCUGGUGCUGGGGAUUUCCAACUACAGAAAAUUGAAAUUCUGAGGGAUGCUUGUCCUCUCAACUUAAGAAAAGAAGCAGAUGCAAUGGAUGCAGAUGACAUGCUUAAUGUGGAGGUUAUCCGUACUCUGGUUCCCGAUCCUUUGGCACAGGAGCCUUUGCUUGUCGAAAAUGUGCCCGAUCCACUCGCGGGAGAACAGACCUGGCCAACAGAAGCUGAAAUGGAGGAGGCUGAUAGAAACCAAAAACAAAAGGCCGUGAAAAAGAAAGUUCUUCCUCGAGGUACUUCAGAAUACCAGGCUGCAUGGAUUGUGGAUAGUUCAGAUGAAGAAGGUUCAGAUAGUUGCAGUGAUGUUGAUGAUGGCAUGAUACUGGAUGAAGGAGGUGAUCAUUUUCCUGGUCCAGGGGAAACUAAUGAUGAUGGCUUUGAAGAUGAUCGAGCUUCUCUGGAUCUUGAGGAAAUGGACGGUGAUACAGAAACUGCUUCUGUUAUGAUGGAAGGUGAAAACUUAACAAGGGAACAGGUAGAGGAAGAAAUCAGAAAAAUCAAAGAAGCCCAUGCUGAAGACGAGGAAUUUCCUGAUGAGGUGGAUACUCCAUUUGGUAUUCCUGCCAGGAAACGUUUCGCAAAGUACAGAGGUCUCAAAUCCUUCAGGACCUCAUCGUGGGACCCUAAAGAAUCUCUUCCUGCAGAUUAUGCCCGAAUUUUCGCAUUUGACAAUUUUCCAAAGACACAGAAACAUGUUCUUGCGAAGGCCUCAGAAAUGGAGCAGGCAGACUCCGAUGACUGUGUACAAGCUGGCCAGUAUGUAAGGCUUCACAUCAAGGAUGUACCUAUGCACAUUGCUCAUAAGUUAUAUGAAGUUGCAAAGGCAGCUCCUCUCAUAGCCAGUGGACUGUUGCAGCACGAGUCCAAGAUGUCUGUUCUGCAUUUUAGCAUAAAGAAGCAUGAUACGUAUGAUGCACCUAUUAAAUCCAAAGAGGAAUUACUGUUUCAUGUUGGUUUUCGGCAACUUGUUGCUAGGCCAAUUUUCUCGACUGAUAACAUUAAUUCAGAUAAACACAAGAUGGAGAGAUUCCUUCAUCCUGGUCACUUUGCCAUGGCAUCAAUUUACGCUCCAAUUUCUUUCCCUUCGCUACCCUUGAUUGCUCUGAAGAAGAUUGAAGGAGGUGGUGCACCAGCAGUUGCUGCUUUUGGAACCUUGAGAAGCAUUAACCCGGAUAGGAUAAUUUUGAAGAAGAUUAUAUUAACUGGCUAUCCGCAAAGAGUAUCAAAACGGAAGGCUACUGUAAGAUACAUGUUCCAUAACCCAGAAGAUGUGAGGUGGUUUAAGCCUGUGGAAGUUUUCUCAAAAUAUGGGCGUCGUGGUCGCGUCAGGGAACCUGUUGGCACACAUGGUGCCAUGAAGUGCUUGUUCGAUGGAGUCCUACAGCAGCAUGACACCGUAUGCAUGGGCUUGUACAAACGUGCGUACCCCAAGUGGCCAGAACACCGUUACCCUAUGGCCGAUGCUUGACCGUGGGGCACCCACAAAGCACAAGACGGAGCUACAUUUCUGUAGUUUCAGUCUGGGAAUGAAGCUCUGGUUCAGAUUUGGAAAUUUUCGGGUUUCUUGUUACCCCCUGGCGAAACAGGGGAAUCAAUCUUUCUGAGUGGCAAAGAUACAUGACUGUAACUUGGCCGCCGCUAGAUAAAUUAUGUCAUCCAUAUUCGUAUAUCGUUUGUUGUGUGGGUAAAAAACUUGUUCCUUAGCAUUGUCUUCUACUGAAUGAAGGCAUUAGAUUAGAUGGUAGGAAAUAGUAGGGGUGAAGGAGAGUGAAAUCAAAUGCUGUAAAAUAUUUCUUCUUACAGCUUGUGCUGGUAAUUUUUUUUAUUGAAUUCACUCAAUUUUGUCGAGAUGUUCCAUCUUGUUCAGUGUACCAUGCUUCUAUUUGAUCCAUUCAUUUACUGAACUGAUCUGUCAACAUUCUUGUUAGCAUUGAAUAUCAAGGUACCAUAG